AAAUACUUACAGGUCUUGGCUCGCCCACUGUUCAGUCCACAUACACCGGGAAUCAACAGGUCUUCAACAAGUGAGGAGUGGAGCCCUUGCCUUGGCAUCAUUAAGUGUCACUCUCCUCCACCUGUGUUUAAUAAUAAGCUGGUGACAUCUUCAGCUGCCAAAAGUUCAAGGGAAGAGGAUGAUUGUAAUGGAGGUUUUCCUGGUAAUGACACACAAUGGUUCAGAGUAAGAGCUGUUGCAGGUAGGAGAGAAUCUAUUAAUGAGGAGGAUUGUGAGAUGAUGAAUUUCUCUGGAAGUAGAAAUGAUUGUAAUGUACAUUUAAAUGAAGGGGAUAGACACCCCCAGGACACCUCAGUGGACAUUCAAUACAGUUGGACUAAAAAGCGACCAGAGAGAACAAGCACACCAAUACCACAGCCGGUAAAGACUUCAUUGUGUGCGCAACAGCUGAGUCACUCGGGUAAUUCCCCAGAAUCGCUACAACACUCACAGGCAAUUAAGGUAACCCAAAUAGAUUUACCUGAUAACAAGAUUAAAGGUACAGACAUUAUGGAGACUCCUAGGAGAAAUAUGAAUAUGAGGGAUUGUGUUGGUUCUAACAAUUUACACAUAUCUGUUGAGUCAGAUGCUGAAGAAGACUCAUGUGACUUUAAGGAAAAUCCCCUUGAUCUAAUAUGUUCACCUGUUAAAAAAGUGAAGCCCAGGAACAGUAUGUGUGUGUUGAAGCGACCAGAGAGAACAAGCACACCAAUACCACAGCCGGUAAAGACUUCAUUGUGUGCGCAACAGCUGACUCACUCGGGUAAUUCCCCAGAAUCGCUACAACACUCACAGGCAAUUAAGGUAACCCAAAUAGAUUUACCUGAUAACAAGAUUAAAGGUACAGACAUUAUGGAGACUCCUAGGAGAAAUAUGAAUAUGAGGGAUUGUGUUGGUUCUAACAAUUUACACAUAUCUGUUGAGUCAGAUGCUGAAGAAGACUCAUGUGACUUUAAGGAAAAUCCCCUUGAUCUAAUAUGUUCACCUGUUAAAAAAGUGAAGCCCAGGAACAGUAUGUGUGUGUUGAAGCGACCAGAGAGAACAAGCACACCAAUACCACAGCCGGUAAAGACUUCAUUGUGUGCGCAACAGCUGACUCACUCGGGUAAUUCCCCAGAAUCGCUACAACACUCACAGGCAAUUAAGGUAACCCAAAUAGAUUUACCUGAUAACAAGAUUAAAGGUACAGACAUUAUGGAGACUCCUAGGAGAAAUAUGAAUAUGAGGGAUUGUGUUGGUUCUAACAAUUUACACAUAUCUGUUGAGUCAGAUGCUGAAGAAGACUCAUGUGACUUUAAGGAAAAUCCCCUUGAUCUAAUAUGUUCACCUGUUAAAAAGGUGAAGCCCAGGAACAGUAUGUGUGUUUUGAAGCAGAAAUACUGUACAGAAGAUGUCAAUAUUCAAGAAGACCAAAAACUGCCUAAUGUGUAUGAUCGUGAUGAUAAAAACUUGCUCAAAAUAGUUGAUGAGAAACCACCAGUCAGGAGUGAAUCCACAAAGGAAAUUUUGGCUGCAUGUAAGGUAUCAGAAUUAGGGAGAGGUGACAGUGAAAACACAAACAGUCUCAGAAAGAGCGACAGGUCCAGCGCUCAGAAAUUUCCAACACAACAAAAUAUUUGUGAAGGAAAUGUGGCUUUAAAUACAGAACCAUUGAGCAAAAAUGUCGAUGGAGAUAAACUUGAAGUUGUUGCAUUAAAAAAUGUAUUCUCUGCUGCUAAGAAUCAAAGUGCAGACAGUGGUCAGUAUCCCUCAGACAUGGAGACACCAUUCAAAAUUUCUAGAUUGUCUAGAUUGUUUAGAAAAAGACAAGUGCCUCCAGGAUCUUAUUCAGUACCACUGUUUAACAGAAUUCCAUCUUGUAAGAAUAUGGACUCAAACCAGGAUUCUCCUGACACCUUGAACACUGUAUCUUCCGUGUCUUCUGACGCUAAAAGUAUUUUGAACAAAUUAUCUCUACCCAAGAAAAAAAGAUCAUCUGGUAAGUUCAUGUAUCCCACAAAGCCAGAAGAAGGUUAUGAAACACUUCAGAUGAAGUACAUAGAAUCAAUUGGAUUGACUGAAAGUAAUAAAAGUUCAGUAACAGAACUUGAACCUUCCCCUGCCAAAAUACACACUGCCAGUACAGAGAGUGCAUCCUCCUCAUUUGUGACUGACAUUCAUACCAUUGCCAAGAGGCAAUGCAAUUUCCUCUCUCUCACAAACCUUGAGAAAGAUUUAAGAUUUGAAAGUGGUUAUAUGCAAAAACAAAUUGUAAAUUCUCAUUUGGACAAAGAAAACAGGACCACACCACCUCCAGGAUACCAUGAGGUGCCUGUCAAAUUGAACGGAAGACAUCAAGUUGAAAGCCAGCAAAAAGACUCGAGAUCACCACCCAUUGCACUGCUGGCUGUUAAUAGUGCAGUGAGUACAGGACCUGUGAUUAAGUCUGACCUUUUAUUUGAUGGUGGUGUUUCUGUCAGGAUCAAGGAAGAUAAGAAAUUGGCCACAACACACACAAAUCUGCCAAACAUUACAACUUGUGAAAGCCAUAAAACAUUGAAUUUUGUUCAGGGUUAUUCAAAGAUGGUGGUGUCAGGGUGUGAACACCAGAUGCCUUCCAAAGUGUUAUCAGCAGACAUGAUACAAAACAGGGAAGAACGGCAGAAAAAUGAGGAGCCAGAAAUGGUCAUCUGUGAGGCUCGGGUUGUACCUCAGAAAGAAGAAAGUGUUUUAACAGUUUCACAAUGUCCCGAUAAGAAAGAACAACAUGGAGUCUUGAAAGAAGAAGAGACAAGUGAGAUUAUGAAUGACAGUCUCAAUGAUAUUGAUUUUUCAGAAAUAGAAGAAAACUUUAGUGUCCCAGUAAAGGAUGAAGGACUCACUGAGAGAAACAAUGAUUUUAUCAAACGAUCAUCACAGGGGUGUAAUACAGCUGGCCUUGAAGUUGAUGAUGGAUCAAGAAACAGUAAUGGUGGCAGGGCAGAAAAAGCUUACUCUCACAAUACUAAUUUUUGUGGCUUUUUAACAGGUAACGGAAAGCCGACAAAAGUGAGUAAAGAAGCCUUGAAUUAUGGUAAAAGGUUGUUAGAUGAAAUUACAUUCGAUGAUGAGUCACAUACUACAGAUGACCAAAAAAAUUGUGGCCAUGACACUCAUAAAAAAAUAAAGUCCAAUAAAAUGAAUCAUGAAUCCUUAGCAUCGUCAUCCAGUCUAACUAACUCUAGAGGCAUGUAUGGCUUCAAUACUUGUAGUGGUUUUAGAGUGAAGGUGAACCCAGUUGCUGUAGAGAGAGUACAGAAGUUGAGGGAAGAGAGUGAGCGAGAGGGAUCUGAAGUGAAAGGCGCUGAUCACUCCAAACACUUGAGUCACGUGUUAAGACAAAAAAAUUUAGGAAUUGUACCUGAUGAUGGAGGCAGCAAGUCACUGAAUACUAGUAAAGGUGCCCAUGUUAAAAUUAAUGAGUCUUCACUGAGUGGAACUGAUGGAACACAUGAUAAUGAAAACCAUGUAGACAAUAAAACAGAAUCUGUUAAUACAAAUAAUAGACAACUUUCCUGUCUGAAGACAUCUUCAACCACUGUGAGAGGAUUCCAAGGUUUUUCUUUAGCCUCUGGGUUAAGAGUCAACACUAGUCAGCAGGCUUUAAAGAGGUCACGGUUGUUGUGGAGGGAGUUUUAUGAAGAUGAAGCUAAACAAGUAAAUACAAAUACUGAUAAAAACUCAGAGACUGGAAAAAGUUUGCAAAGUUCAUUAAAGUCACAAGGGUUUGACAAAGCAUGUCUGGGUGUUCCCGCUCCCAGAUCUGAACAGCAAGUUAUACAGUGGUCAGAAGAGGCUGUUAGUGUGUUUGGAGGGAAUUCUAAAAUUGCUAACUGCAGAGCUUCACCUGUAUUCCAGGCAGGUCGGGGAACAAAUAUGAAGAUUAGCCAGAGUGCCUUAAUGAGGGCUAAAGCACUAAAGAAUAGAACUGAAGACUUGGGAAGCUCUGGGGAAUCUAUCCAUGCUGCACAAAAAAUGUCACAGAAAAGUAUAGGAAGAAAUAUUGAACCAAUAGUAAAAAAUGGAAAUUGUUCAUCAGAGAAAAUGGAGCAACACACUGCUUUAUGUAUUAGACGUAAAGACAUGAACCUAAUUGAGACAGGGAGCAGUGUUGAUCAGAGUGAACAGUUAAAAGGAGAAAGUUUCAGAAGGGUGUCAAUGAGAGUAGCCGCCAGUGUCAGAGCCAAGAAACUGUGGCAAGAAAGGAACAGUGUGUCUGCUGUCCCAGAGAAGACAAGUAGAUUAAAUUUAAACAGUGGAAACAAAUCCUUAUUCAAAUCUGAGCAACCUUUUCCUGAGCAAGUAAUGGAAAAUCCCAUUGACUUUGUUAGUACUAAGGGAAGUAUGGGUACAGUAUUAUCGCCAAGGGAGGAAGUCAAGCUAACUGAAGGAAGAAGUGAUGUAAGGAGAUCAUCACUGAUGUCUGACACUGUCGUUCAGAACAACAAUGGAUUACUGUGCUCAACUGACUUAACUAGAAGAAGCCAAGAAAGUGAAGAACCUUCCCUGGAAGGUAGAGGGUUCAUUACAGAAAAAAGGAAUAUAAUGGCUUUAGUUCAAGAUAGUUCAAUAGAAAGAAGGGAUUCAGACCAAGAGAUUGGUGAGUCAAAGGAAGUAAAGACAAAUAAUGAACUUUCUAAAAGAGAAAGAUCAAUGAUGACAGCAGAGAAUAGGUUGAAUGCAUGUGUGAGAGGCUCUGUAACACCUGGAUUAUUAGAUAAUAAACCAAGACCUGCCUGUAACAUAGACACUCUCAAAGUCUCCAAAGACUUUGUAGAAGAAAAAGGUUGUAGUACUGAGAGUAUAGGGCCAAGUAUUAGUGGUGAGAUGGAAGUAUCUAUGCCUGUUGGUGGGAGCAAAGCAGCAGUUGAAGAGCCUCUUAGUAAACCCAUCACUCCUGAGGAAGAUUCGCUCAGAAGUCCCUCACCCAUAUUAGGCUCACAGAAAAUUAACUGGAAAUAUAUAAAAAGUGAUGGUAGUGUUCAUAAAUAUACUAUUGUUGAUAUCGGAGCACCAGCACAACAAGAGUUUAGGGUUGUUAAGCCAGAGUAUGAUCAUUCAGAGGAAAACAGAGAGCACUCUAUUAUAAAGCCAGAUUCCAUCACCAGAUCAUCACCAGAAGCUAAAAGAUACAGAAUUAUAAGAGAUCAUGUACUAGAUACCGAAAGGUCAAAUACAGAUUUAAAAUACCAAAUUUUAACAGGUCGUUCGCAGCCCAACCCAGUGACAAAGAUACAUUAUAGCCCAGUUAUAAGGCCUCACUCACAGCUAAUUUUACGAGAAAUUGGGGAUUGCUCCAAGACCGAUGCUCUGAGGGACAGAGGCAAAGACACUCUCACAUUAGAUACCCAAGAAAUUACUGAGAUCACUGAGGCUUUUUUGAAGGAUGAUCCAUGGGAACAGGAGGAAGCAGAGGAGGAUCAAGUGACUGGAAGGAAACGGUCACAAGAUAGUGUACACGAGACCAUUGUCGGGCAGCCAAAGAGGCAGAGAACAGCUGCACCUGUUGACCACACACUAGUACCAAGAGGAAGCACGAACUUACAAGUAAAUGAAGCAGUUGAAGCUGAGAGAGAGAUGUUAAGGAAGACACAGGCCAAGUUGAUCCAGCAUAAAGAGAAGCAUCUUGUCCACCCCAUCCCAGGAUCUCUGUAUAAGAUGAGAAGUGAGAAUAAGAAGAAGAGGAUAAAACUUUCUUCACUUGGAACCCUAAAGAUGUUCAGGAGAAAGAGUGAAGUAACAUCAAAGAAUGCUGUGCAGUAUCGCUUUGAAGUGGAUGACAAGAGAUGUGGAAGUGUAAAUUGUGAAGAUGGAUUUUGUGUAGUUCCUGGUGCUGAUAAUUGUAUCGGUGUGAAGGAAAUGGAACAAGGUUUCUUGGCAAUGCCGGGUGUUCAUCCUGGACUUGUUCCUUCAGGCUGGGUGACUAACCACUACCGAUGGAUUGUGUGGAAACUUGCAGCCCAAGAAAGACGUUUGCUUAAUUGUCAAGCUUUGACUCUGGGUAAUGUUGUUGAUAGACUGAAGUAUCGAUAUGAUCGAGAAAUUGACGAUGCAGUGCGCCCCAUACUAAGAAAAAUAACAGAACAUGAUGAUAUUCCUCAGAAAACCAUGAUCCUGUGUGUGGCAGAUAUUACGACUAACCAGCAAGAUGCCUCUGUCCCAGCCACUGAGAGGUCACAAAGUCGCUGUAAGCAGACAUGUAUUCUGGAGCUCACAGAUGGAUGGUACAGCCUUGGUGGUGUUGUUGACAAUGCAAUGGCAGAGUUAAUACAUGAUGGCAAGGUAGAGAUUGGCACAAAACUUGUUAUCCAUGGAGCAGAACUGAGUGGACCAUUAAUGGCCUGCCAUCCUUUACAGGCACCAGCCACCCUUUGUCUGCGUCUCCAUACAAACAUGACCCGAAGAGCACGGUGGUGGUCACGCCUUGGUCUCGCCCCUCACAGGGGUCCACUACCCACUCUCAUUGGAGCAACACUCGGUAAUGGAGGCCUCGUAGGACAGAUGACAGCUAUGUUGGCCAGGGUUUAUCCUCUGGUUUAUUUUGAACGCUCAAAUGGCAGGGCUGUAUUUAGAGGAGAAAAAGCCCACUUGAGAAUACUGAAGGAAACUCAACAGAAGAAGGAAGCAGCUGUACAUCAGAUAAUGGCUGAUGUAGAGAGGGAGUUGAGCCAGGAGGCGAGAGAGAGCAGUGAAGGUGGGCGGCCCAUGACCAGGGAGGAGAUCCUCAGCCUCACCCUGGGUAGUGAUAUUGCCAGACUGAUGGAGAACACUGCUGACCCUUAUAGUCUACAGGGCAUACUGACACCACACCAAGUAGAACUGGCUAGACUGUGGCGGCAGCAACAAGCUGAUGAGAGAAGGAAAAACAUUAAUGCCGAGGUUCAACGUAGACUGGCUAAGUCACACGUCCUUUAUGAGCCGACACCAUUGUUAAAGGUGCGCAUUGUGGAUAAUUAUGGGGCGGGAGCCAUGGUGACAAUAUGGAGACCCUCAGAGGACCUCAGACUGGCUCUCACCGAGGGCAGCCACUUCAGCAUACGUUACCUCUUGGCUGCAGGCUUCAGGAAUGAGUGCCUUCAGUUUACAGCCGUUCGACAGACCAGAUGGGAACCAGUCAUGGAAGGUCCUCCGGCUAGUUCCCCCGAGUUUGAUCGCUGUGUCACUCCUCUUUGCCUGCUGUCUUCAGGGGAGUUAAAUCCAUUGUGGAAGGAAGUUGAUGUUGCUGGAGUGGUAUUGAGGGUGGGGCUGUUGAACAAAGGGCUUCAGUUGGUGCACAUUGUUGAUCACCACAUUAACAUCCUCACUCUCAAGUUCUGGGGAGGUCUCAAGGAAUAUGGAGUGGAGAAUAUCGUUGCAAUUGGGUCUGUGAUAUGCGUGUUGAAUGGUAACUGGCGUGGGCAUGCAGGUGGAAGGUUUGGAAGCAUCCAUGUUACAGAACUGACCUUCAUUACCUCUUCACCACGAAGCGCCCACCUACUUGAAGCUGUUGCUCAUCUGAAAAACAGUAUAAAGGACAUGAAGAGUUUUUUGUAUGAGGGCGAUAUGAAACUAGACGGACAAUUUGAUAGUCGUGCAUUUCUCGCUGAACCUACUUCUGCAGCUAAAUGUUUACAAGGAAAUAUAGGUGACCAGGAAUUAGUACAUCACGAGAGCACUGAUAUUUCCAAACAAGCAGAGCGGGACGGCACAACAGAUCAGAAGCCUCUCUGUGCUGUAAAUGGUGAGGACACUAUAAACCCUAAAAUGAAGCGGUUGCAGCAACGAUCACAGGAAAUACGCAGUAAACUUAAGGUCCUGGGACAGUACAGAACACCGUCCUCCCUGCGGAGACUUCAUUCGCCGCCUACUGUAGGGGCUCGUAAGCUUUUCCAAGCUCCUUUCAAGCAGCCACAAAUUUUUGAUGGUAAAGGUGAUAAAUGUGAAUGAUUGUGUCACUGCACAGCUCGGGUUUAAUAAUUGGCUGCUGAUUUGAGAGGUAAGUACUUCUUCAGUAAGACUCUGAGCAUGAAGACUUAAGCCUAGUCAAGUUUUAAUGUGAUAAAUAUUUUUGAAUCGGUUGGAUAUCUAGAGAAAGCCUUAAAGCUGUUACUUUGCAACCUAAUGAUAUAGUAUGAUUUCUGAAAAUUGUGUUAUAAGAGAUGCUAUUACUUUUGUAUGGAAAAUUUUAUUGCUUUGAAUAAGUGUUACCAUCUUGUGACAUGUGUUACAUGGUUUUUGUGUUGCAUGUAGGAGAUUAUCAGAAAUGUUGAUGCAUAGUAUACACGACCUGGUCCCUGAAGUGUACAGUACAUGCUCCUCCUCCUGUUAUGGUGCUCCACAACCUUAUUUUUUUAAAUACUUUAACAAUUGUUAGUACAAAGUAUACAGUACUAUCAAGACUUUAGAACGAGAAUAUGAUCUUAUUUUUUCUUACUGCAAUGAAUACUGUUUAUUAGUUUUUAUCCAUGUUAUGUAUAGUUUAGUUAACCACAGGUUAUUUCUCCUACUGUAACUAUGUAAUAUAAAGCUCUUUAUACUGCAGGAUGGCAGCUCCACUCAAUAACAGGAACCACUUCACAAUUUAUUUAUUUUUUCCCCUGAAAUUUAAUAAACUGAACUGAUAGAUA